CGGUGCUCCAGAGCGCAGACGCGGCUGUACAGCUGGCGGGGUGCGUGAGUGCGCGGCCCAGUGGCUAGAACCUGACGUGGAAGCGGAGUGUCCUUUCCCGGACGCACAUGGGCGAGCCCUUCCGCUGCUUCCCCGGUCGCGCAGGCGGGAGAAUUAUUGGGAUCACCAAGGAGAGUGACUGCACCUGAAAGCCUGGGCCUGCCACACCAAAGCAGAGGAAAAAAACCCAUCUUCCUCAGGCAUGGCAGGUAAGAGAGUGCUCAUUGUCUAUGCACACCAGGAACCCAAGUCUUUCAAUGGCUCCUUGAAGCAAGUGGCAGUGGAUGAAUUAAGCAAGCAGGGAUGCACCGUCACCGUGUCUGAUUUGUAUGCCAUGAACUUUGAACCAAGGGCCACAAGGAAAGAUAUCACUGGUGCCCUUUCUAAUCCUGAGGUCUUCAGUUAUGGGGUGGAAGCCUAUGAAGCCUACAAGAAAGGGUGUCUAACCAGUGACAUCACUGAUGAGCAGAAAAAGGUGCAGGAAGCUGAUCUCGUGAUAUUCCAGUUCCCGCUGUACUGGUUCACUGUGCCGGCUAUCCUGAAGGGCUGGAUGGACAGGGUGCUGUGCCAAGGAUUCGCCUUCGACAUCCCAGGGUUCUAUGAUUCCGGUUUUCUCAAGGAUAAACUAGCCCUCCUUUCCUUAACCACAGGAGGCACAGCCGAGAUGUACACGAAAGCAGGAGUCAGCGGAGACUUUCGGUACUUUCUUUGGCCACUCCAGCAUGGCACUUUGCACUUCUGUGGAUUUAAAGUCCUUGCCCCUCAGAUCAAUUUUGCUCCUGAGUUGUCAUCAGAAGAAGAAAGAAAAGCAAUGAUGGCAUCUUGGGCCCAACGAUUAAAGAGCAUCUGGAAGGAAGAGCCCAUCCGCUGCACACCCCCUUGGUACUUCGGGGAAUAACCCUUUGUGUCCUAUGUACAUCAUGUGAGCAACACAGUAAGAGUACCUGCAAGAAGACAGCACUGUUAACAAUAAAGUUACAACAAAGUGAUCUGGAUUUAGUUAAUAAUCACUAUGAAGUCACUACAAAUGAAUGACCUCAGUUUUAUACGACCAGAUUAGAAAUUUCAGUAAUCAGCUUAUUUUAUUGAAUUCUGUUGACUGAUAAUUAUUUAUUCAGGUUUUCAUUUCUUUAAUGUUUAAAAUCUAUCUUGCUAUGUUCAACCUUUGUGAUAAUUUUAAUUUUCAGAUAGUUUUCUGGACGUGGAGCUUGAUUUGUUAUGUUUCUGUUUUUAUUUCAUAACUCAGCUGGCAUAACUCAGCUGGAGAAUUUCUGCUUUUUCCCAAGAAAGUUUAAUCCAUUCGUAGCUAAUGUCUUAAUUCUAUAUUAGGACU